AUGGACCACAAACGGAACAACACAGUGUAUACUACUAUUUCAACCCUGCUAUUGUCUGGGUUCGACUGCGUUGUUUUUUUCAGCCACUUCGCGUCUCUAGCAGCGUCAAUCAUUCUUCAUCUUGCACAGUUGUGUCCAAUGUGGUUCCCAAUAUCUUCGGUCGUGCUUGUCUUGUUGGCUGUCACGACGUCUGCGACCAAUUUGGAACGACAAACCCAUGAACAGCGUAGACUAAAAGAAGCAAACAUCUUCAGUAUGUCUUCGUCGUGUCAAUGCAAGUCCACAUCCCGUCCGUGUCUUUUUAUCCAUGGAGAACUGAAUGGUAACGAAGAGAAGGAGCUGCAAACCUCGUCCAAGUAUUUUGGUGACAUGACUAGCCACGCGCCAUGCUGUUCGUCGAUCAAGUACGUUUCGCUCGAUACGAACAGCCACGGUUGGACAGAUGGAACUCUGCAGGAAACAGUCUGCAAGCACGCUCUGUCAAUGAGUACGACAAGUGAUGUAAAGGAGAAGAUCAUCAAGGACACAAUUCUCGUGACCCAUUCCAUGGGUGCCUUGAUCCUGGCAGGUGCAGUUGCCAACAUGAAGUGCAGCAUUGAAACGAUAAGCACGUCGUGGGUCAGCAUGAGUGCACCUAUGCUGGGCACGCUGUUAUCAAACGCUGCGCAGGAUGUUUGCACGCACGACGGUUGGAGGCCUUUCCGUAAAGUUUUUUUGCUUGUGGGCCAGUGCCCCGUUAACACUGGAAUCAAGUCUCUCGCGUAUAUGGGCGGCAUAUACAGCACCAUUGCGCUUAACGAGGAGUACACGAAAGCCCAGAAAGCCUACCGUGAUAAUGUACAGGGUGCUAUGUGCAGCAAUGGCUAUCUGGGUAUAGCUUCGAAGUACCAGUCACAGUACAUGGCGUUAGCCACCUACGUGAAUCAUGGUACGAGUGAGCAUGAUGGUUUCGUGACAUUCGAAAGUUGUCGAGGUGGCUUUCCAGCAACGAAGUUUGAUGACAAACCUACUUCAGCAUUUUAUGUGACCACGUGCAACCACGCCGAUACAGCAUUCCUUACCGGGAACGCCUACUUCUCGAACGCCAUGGAACCGGUCCAGUGGUUUGAGUGUCUUUUGUAA